CUAAUCUGCGCUGCCACGAUCGUUCCGUUUCACCCCACCACGGUGCUUUCACAGUCCUCUGCCCCUCGCUUUUCUUCCCGUUUCGUCGCAAGAUGAGGUCUUCACUCGUGAGAGCAUUGCGCCCUGCGGUGCGUAGGAGUCCCGCCGUCUCCGCCCCCAGGUUAUUGAACAGAACUCAACCCGCAUGCUCUGUUGGCCAAUGCGCCCGCUCCCUCUCGACGACUGCGGUUCGCCAUGACGCCAGUCUAGCUGAUAUCACGCCGACCCCCAUUACGCACCUCUCCGAGGUCGAGUCCGCCAUGGCCGACACGGUGCGGAAGUUCGCCAACGACGUGAUCCUGCCCAAGGUUCGGGACAUGGACGAGGCGGAGCAGAUGGACCCUGCGGUCGUGGAGCAGCUGUUCGAGCAGGGUCUCAUGGGCGUCGAGAUCCCCGAGGAGUACGGCGGUGCCGGGAUGAACUUCACGGCCGCCAUUGUCGGCAUCGAGGAGCUUGCUCGCGUCGACCCCUCCGUGUCCGUCAUGGUGGACGUGCACAACACGCUCGUCAACACGGCGGUGAUCAAGUGGGGCAGCCCGUUCCUCAAGAAGAAGUACCUGCCCCGUCUCGCCACCGACACGGUAGGGUCCUUCUGCCUGUCGGAACCCGUCAGCGGCUCCGAUGCCUUUGCGCUGGCCACCAAGGCUACCGAGACGGAGAGCGGAUUCAAGAUCAGCGGGAGCAAGAUGUGGAUCACGAACAGCAUGGAGGCCGACUUCUUCAUCGUGUUUGCCAACCUCGACCCCAGCAAGGGCUACCGGGGCAUCACAGCUUUCAUCGUCGACAAGGGGAUGAAGGGCUUCAGCAUCGCCAAGAAGGAGAAGAAGCUGGGCAUCAAGGCGAGCAGCACCUGCGUGCUCAACUUCGAUGACGUGGAGGUGCCCAAGGAGAACCUGCUCGGCGAGCGGGGCCAAGGCUACAAGUACGCCAUCUCGCUGCUGAACGAGGGCCGCAUCGGCAUUGGCGCCCAGAUGACAGGUCUCGCGCUUGGCGCGUGGGAGAACGCGGUCAAGUACGUGUGGAACGACCGCAAGCAGUUCGGCCGGCUGGUGGGCGAGUUCCAGGGCAUGCAACACCAAAUCGCGCAGUCGUACACCGAGAUCGCGGCGGCUCGGGCGCUCGUGUACAACGCUGCGCGCAAGAAGGAGGCGGGCGAGAACUUCGUCAUGGAUGCUGCCAUGGCUAAGCUCUACGCGUCACAGGUUGCUGGCCGUGUCAGCGGGCUGGCGGUGGAAUGGAUGGGAGGUAUGGGCUUCGUCCGCGAAGGCCUGGCCGAGAAGUUCUGGAGGGACAGCAAGAUCGGUGCCAUCUACGAGGGCACAAGCAAUAUCCAGCUCAACACCAUCGCCAAGUUACUCCAAAAGGAGUACACCCUCUAAUGACGGGCAAUACCUGCCGAUUUGGCCGUUGAAACGGAGUUUGGUGCCGAUGACCG